AGCUUUUGGGCACGGGCCGGGCGUCCGCUUCCCCGCGGACCGGAAACGGGGCGCCGCGCGGCCGCACGUGGAGCCUCGGCGGGCGCGAGGGGCGGCUUAGCUCACGGAAGACGAGACUGCCCCGCGUCUGCUGUAGCUGGCACCUAGGCGUCCGUCCCCAGUGCUCCCGACUCGGAGGGACGUCAGCCACCAACUCUGACUUUCUGUUUUGUCUCCCUUUGAUUCUUGAGCACAUGUUGCAGGCUUGCAAAGCCCUGCAUGUAAUUUACUUUUAGAAUAAAUCUGAGUUGGCUCAGCUUUCUGGUCUCAACUCAGGGGCGAAAGAAAUUCAAGUAAAUGUGACAGACCUAGAUUGUCAAAGAGGGUCCUUACUUAGUUUCAUAACUGACCUGAAGUUCAAAGUGAAUUUGUUCGUAGAAGUCUUAACAUGGAGAAGUCUUAACUGGGUGGGGUUUAGUAUUUAAAUAACUGCUUACAGUAAUAACUGAUCGCGGUUGUGGCUCUACCUUAUUGUGGAAGUUGGGUUCGGACCCAAAAGUGAUAGACUUCCUCUCAUUCCCCCAGAUCCUUGACAGGAUAACUUGAUGACUUCUAACCUUAAGGAAUUGCAUACCUUGGUUUUCAGGUACAGCCAAUUUAAGCAGGGUGCAGUGUGUUGACAGUUGAAGGAAGUCAAGGAUUCGCGUGGACUGGUGCACUACAGUUUUGUUUUGGAAAAUUGUACUGUAAUACUUGUAUUGGUGCUGUAAGAAUUUUUUUAAUGUAGAAACUUCUGUAAUUUUUUAAAAUAAAACUUUUUAAACUGUUUGGGUUUUUUUACCUUUUCAAGUAAAAGAGUUGUGACAGUUGAAUGCUCUUUUUGAGAGUAGUGUCUUAAAUCUAACUUUACAGAUAAACUAAGUGUGUAGUAGAGAUUGUUUAGUGCAGAAAUGAAUUUCAGCACAUUACUUAUGAGAACAGUGCCUUUUCUUACUUGUAUCAACUUAGAGUAGAAUGGUACCAUUUGUUUAUCAUUAAGUGAUUUGUUUUUAAAAAAUUAAAGUACUUGUCACUGCA